GAAGAGUUGCGAUGACUAAAACUAUUCAUUACGUGGGUCUCACCGUUCUGGUGCUAGCCUUGUUUGCAAAUCCUUCAUCUCCGUUGGAAGGAAAUCAACUGUUCAAUUUGAUCCUAACGCUGAAAAAUCCCGUCUGUCCGAGUAUCGUUGUCAUUUUUGACCAACUCUCCUGGGACGAAGAGCUGGAGGACCUGUCGGAGGAAUUAUUCCAACUUAGCUACUCGAAUCCAAUCAUUUUACUUUCUAGCAAUCAAAGUGUUUUACAAGACUGCGCAAGGAGCAAAAGCAAAUGGAAUAACUUGGGAGCCAUCGCUUGCAGUAACGUCAUCAUUUUCAGUCGUCAUCCGGAGGAACUAGGGCGGAUUCACCAUCAGCUGACCGACUGCAUCUACGCCUCUCAAAUAGUUAUCGUAGCCGAGAUGGCGCCCAAUUGGGCCGAUCUCUGGUUGACAAAGAUGAAGAGCGAAAUCAUCGUCCUGAUCCUUCGGGAACGUCACAAAGGUCUCAGAGAAAUUCGUCACUGGAUGAUCAACAACGAAAUCAAUCGGGUCAAACUCUUGCGCAAAUCGAAUGUCAGCAGGAAAGAGUUGGGAUUUGAAACUAAUAGAAAUCUGAUGGGCCGUAAUUUAAAAGUGGCAACUUUGAAUUUCCCGCCGGUUGUGUUCAUCAGCAACCAGUCGAUCUACGGCAUCGAGCCUUCGCUCAUGGAAGUUCUGGCCAGCGAUUUGAACUUCACUUUCGACUAUUUCCCCGUGUCGCCCAACGAAAUGUGGGGCUCCGUCUCCGGAGAAGGUGAGAACCUAACGGCCACGGGCCUUUUGGGUGCGCUGAUGAAGAAAGAGGCCGAUGUGGCGCUGGGCAAUCUGUACAUGGACUACACCCGUCUAUCCAUCAUCGGAUUCAGCUCGUAUUACAAGAUUUCCGAAGAGUGUUUCUCGGUGCCGGCCACUCGCCCUUAUCCCAAAUGGACGGCCUUGUAUUAUCCGUUCUCCAACCAAGUGUGGAUCGCCACCAUCUUGUCCAUCUUCUUCGUCAUUUUGACGCUGCGUCUGGUAGCCCAAUGGUCGAUCGAGUCGUCGGUGGUCGACGCUUAUUAUCACGACCCAGUUUUAUGUUUCUUGACCGUCUGGGGCCAUUUGUUCGGACUCCAACAGGCCCAGGAAAUUCGAUCGAUGGCCAAUCGGAUUUUUCUCGUUUGGUGGCUGUUCGGCGCUCUGAUUCUGUCGACCGGCUACCGAUCGGGAUUGAUUUCUUUCAUGACAUUUCCAUUCACCCCUGCGCCCAUCAACACGAUCGAGCAGCUGGUGGCCAGUCCCAUCCGGAAAAUCAUUUACGACCCGUUGAUGAAGGAGAUCCUGAUGAAAUCGGACAAUGCGCUGCAGAGGCAACUGGGCAGCCAAGUCGUCACCAACGACAAUUUGACUUACAUGUUCUCGCUGAUGGAUUCCGGCGACUGGGCGGUGGAUGCCAACCUGGACAACCUGCGCUACGUGAUAGCUACCCAGUACCCGAUGACCCAGGAUGGACCUCGAGUCCACCUGAUGAGCGAGUGCGUUUUCUCGAUGAGGGCCGCUCUGGGCCUGCAGAAAGAGUCGCCGUUGAAGCUCUACUUUGACCGGGAAAUUCAAAGAGUCAUCGAAGCCGGUCUGGUCGAAUACCACCGGUCCAGGUUCGCUAAAAAGGCCGUCACCUGGAACCCCAAAACGUCCAAGAAAAAGAUGGUCGCCUUCUCUUUGGACAGCCUCCAAGGAGCUUUUUAUUCCUUUGCCAUUUUUGUGUUAUUAUCCACUCUGGCGUUCGUUGGCGAAUUGAUUCACGCAUGGAUCAAGACUCGAUUUCUAAAAACCUCGACCGUUUAUAAAAACGGUAGCCGCAUCUCAUAUUUAGCACAAUUCAGCUGGCCAAGUGGAAGAGGGCAGUCCAGCUACUGCUGCGCACAAAACUAUUCCGCUAAAAUGAUGAACUAUUGUAGUUCCCAGUACUUUUUCUUUAGUGCAUUUCUGUUAUCCCUGACAUUAAUCAUGUGCAAUGGCCAAAUGUUGUUGGGCGUCCAACAACUAGCCCGUCAGCGGAUGCAGCAACAAUCGUGGUCGGAUUUGAUUGCGAGAGAAACGGAAGGUGAUUACGUCAUUCCAGGUACUACUACCCCAGACAUCAGAGAACAACUCGUCGAACUGCUCGGCAAAUUAAAAACUUCUUUGCUCCCGAUGGCCACUUCGGAUGGAUUCAACAUCAGUCAGCAGUGCAUCGAAGACAGUUUGUUCUACGUCGAAAGUCUCACGCUCAACAGGAGCAACUGGGCUCUGCAAAUGUUGGAGUCAUCCGCUCAGUUUCCCGCCGGAAUCUUCGGAGCUGGCAAUUAUCACGCCGAGGGUUUGUUCGACGAGUGUCUGGCAGUCCGUGCAGAGUCCAACAGAUACAGGGGCCGGUAUUGCACCAUCUUCUUCAAACUGGAACCCGUUACAGGAUCGGAAAUCCUUGUAAACGACCAGCUGUACGAACGAAACGACACAUCAUCUACAUUUGAAAUUUUCAAUCAGCUGUUGGGGUCGUCGAAUCAUAGUCGAAAUCGAGUGGAGCCUAGACUGUCAGGCUCGGACGCCAUGGCGUUUAUCUUGCCCAGUUUGAGUCUCUGCAUUCCGUCGUCCUGCAGCGCUUCCGAUCUUGGCCAGUCGGUGGCUGAGAUAGUCGGGAGUUACGUCAUCGGGAACCAGUCGAUCGUCACUAUCGCCGAUGAGAAUUAUUGCUACACCGAGGACAAUUCACCUAUUAAAUUCGACGGUCCCGACAUCGCUGUCAUGGUCACGUUGAGUGUCAUUGGAUUGGCGGUUUUGAUGGCCACUUUGCACGAUUCUUGGCGGACGUACCGCGGCGUUGCCGUGACAGGCAACAAGGCCGUGAGUGUCCUGCAUUGCUUCUCGGCUCUGAGCAACGGCCGGAAGAUUUUAUCGCUCAAAUCGUCGAGCUCCUCCGGUUCGGAUAAUUUAUCUUGUCUCCACGGAAUCAGAUUCUUAUCCACCUGCUGGGUGGUCUUGGGACACACUUGGCUUAAAAGUGCCAUAGGGAAUGUUGUGAAUCCCAAUAUGCUGGCCCAGGAUGCUAUGAGCUGGGAAAUGGAAACUAUUGUUAACGCCACUGUUUCGGUCGACACCUUUUUCCUGAUGAGUGGCCUGCUCGUUUCUUAUCUUCUGCUCCGGGAACUGGAUCGCAGCGCAGGCAAAUUCAACGUCGCACUUUUCUACCUCCAUCGAUACUUGAGGUUGACUCCCGUUUACGCCGUGAUUUUGGGUUACAUCGCCACUCUGAUGAUUUACCUUGGCACGGGUCCCAACUGGUACAAUGUCGUCAUGGCAUCCGAUGGAUGUCGAGUUACCUGGUGGAAGCAAUUCCUUUACAUUAACAAUCUCUUUCCAAACGAUAUGAACUCCCAGUGUAUGGGAGAGACCUGGUAUCUGGCAGUCGACAUGCAAUUAUUCCUCGUUGCACCGCUCAUCAUUUACCCGUUGUGGCGAUGGAAAAAGUCCGGAAUCAUUUUAUUAUCCGCAUUCACGCUAGCCACUGUGGCCGCUAAUUUUGCGGUCUACGCCCUGUACAACUUCCCACCAUCUCUGAUGGCAACUCGAAUACAAGAAAUGAUGAAAUUCACCACAGAUUACAUGGAUAAUUACUAUUUCAAACCGUGGACCCGAGCCCCGCCUUACCUGAUCGGCAUCUGGACUGGCUGGUUCCUCCAUCGUGUCAAACAAUCUAAAUUGCGCAUAUCUCCGUGGAUAGUAGCCUUAUUCUGGACGCUGUCAGCUGUCAUCGCCGCUUCCAUCAUUUACGGAUUAACUCCGUACGUGAACGAAGAGCUGGUUCCAACCAUCAACUGGGCCGUCAAAAUGACGUAUGGACCCCUUCACAGAACUGCUUGGGCCCUGGUUCUGGGCUGGAUUAUUGUCGCCUGUAUCCAUGGCUACGGAGGAUUUGUUAAUCGAUUCCUGUCUUGGCGAGGUUUCCUGCCGUUGAGUCGAUUGACGUACUGCGUCUACCUCAUCCACUACGACUACCUGAACGUGUUUUAUUCUCUGAGUCGUAAGAUGAUCUAUUACACGUUCGUCGAUCAGUUGACAACGUUUUUCGGCAUCACCGUCACCGUUUUCGGGCUGGCCUUCGUUGUGUCCGUCUGUGUUGAGGCCCCGUUUAUUAAUCUGGAGCUAUGGCUGUUUAUGAUUUCAACCAAGACCGCUCAAACAAAACUGCCGGAUGAAACAAAACCCAAUAAAACGAGUGAAGAGGAACUGAACGCUAGCAAUGGUGGCGAAAUCAACGCUGCUUUCAACUCAGAGGAGAGUUCGCUAGAGUCUGACGUACGAUGUGGCACGAAACUGUAA